UCUCUAUAAUAUUAAUGAUAUUAAAAAUAAAAUCAAGAAAUAAUGUCACUCUAUUUCGAUACGCGAGUACAAAAUCCAGAAACAGCUUCAAUAAGUACUCAUGCAAUUUGGCAUGUUAAUUAUCCUUUGUUGGCUGUAGCUGCAUAUUCUCAGGAUAAGGGUGGUUUUAUAACAAUUUAUGAUGAUCAGGGAGAACCUACUCAAGAUGUAGAAUCACCUAGACAUUCUGUAGCUCAAGUAACUGCUCUUGGAUGGCAUCCAGAAAGACGAUGGCUUGCAGCAGGGUGGGAAAAUGGAGAAUUACAGAUAUGGCCAGGUGAUACUGGUAGCACUGAAUUUAAUUUAGUAGUUACACCACAUCGUGAUCCUAUUAUAAUUUUGCAAUGGAGUCAACAUGGAGGAAGAUUGGUAUCUGCAGAUUCAGCUGGAUCUAUAGUUGGUUGGAAAAUUGAUUCAAGAGGUCAAUUGUUAAUGAUGUUUCAUCAUGAGUUAAAAGAUUCUUUUGUACAAAUAGUAUUCAAGACCAUUCCACCAAAAUCAAUAACGGAUAUAAAUGGUUUAGCAAAAACUGCAAUUGGAGGAGAUGAAAGAGCAUUAGAUAUAUUCAGCUCUUGGCGUCCUAGAACAGCUGCACCGGCAACAAUUAUAACACAAAAAGAUAAUCAUGCCUUUUAUAUUGGAACUACAAGUGGUGUGAUAUUUUUUGUUGAUAAUCAGGGGCAAUGUACAGAGAUUCUAAAUACGAAUGGUCCUGCAAUACAAUUAAUAUUGCAUCAUCAAACUAGAGAUUCUCUAAUUGUUAUGACAGAAGGUUUAAAUAUAGGACAUUUUCAGACAGAUCCUAUUACAGGCCGAUUGACUGAAUUGACAAAAGUGAAACUUAGCAGUAGAUAUGAUAUAUUACGAUCUGGUCCAGCAAUGUGUUGGGCAGGAGGAAAUACUUUAGCAAUUCUUACAGGAGAAUUAGGCGUUCGUUGUUGGGAUCUUCAUAGUGGUGAUAGUUAUGUGUUAUCUCCACCAGAUUCAUCUACUGGAAGCAUUGCCACACCACAGGAAAUUUGCACAAGCAUAUCUUUUUGUAAAAAUAAUGGUACCUUAGCUGCUGGAACUAAUUUAGGAACAAUUUAUUUUUGGAAACGUAAAAUUGAAACAGAUUGUGAUGAAAAUGGUUGGCCACAUGUGCCAGAAUCUUGUAGCAUUCAUGGCACAGUAAAACAGCUUACAUGGGGUGCUUCUUUCCUAAGAAAUCCACUUCUUGCAGUGAAUUGUAUUACUAACGUUUUUAUAUUAUAUCAACAAGCAAUGUGCGCUGCAUAUAAUGAUGGCGUUUGUGCUAGUCAACUCAGUUCUACUCAAAUUCUAAUAGAAUUUGAUGAGAUGAAUCACACUUUAAAAACUGAUAUUCAAGUGCAAUUUGUCGCUAUUAAUAAAGAAUAUAUUGCUGUUGCUUCUGGUAGACAAGUUGUGAUCUAUAGAAUUCACAUUGAUACAUCUUUCAAUACUACUUUAAUUGCAAAUUUUAAUUGUGACACUGAAAAAUUAUUAAUUUAUGAUCAUACUUUAAUCAUUCUUACUCCUGUAGUCAUACAAUUACGAUCAAUGGAGGGCACUCUCAUUCAAAUGUUACCUACAUUACCAGAAGAAGGUGAACCAAUUACUAUGGAUUUGACUGGGCAAUAUUUAACAGUUGCAUCUUUAAAUGGUAUUUUAAAAAUUUGGGAUUUAAGCAAACGUGAGGCGAAAUUGCAUACCAGAGCAAUGGCAACUUAUGAGGCGAUUACUGAUUUUGCUGAAAUUAUUGAAGCAAGAUGUAACGCUGAUUGUCGUUGCGUAUCUAUAACUGUUGCAAUGACAAAUUUAAUGCCAAGUUCAAUUUUAUAUGUUUGGGAUAUAGAAAGUGAUCAGAUACAUGAAUUUGAUUUUGCAGAAUCAAAAAAUGUAGAUGAAGAUGAUACUGAUUUAUCUAUAAAAUGCAAAGGAAGAUUAGUUACUGCUCAUUAUUGGGACAUAGAAGAUCCUAGAUUAUUAGUAUGUCGAGCACAAAGAUUAGAGACAAGAGAUUCCAAAUAUUCAAAACAAAAUAAUGAAAAUGAUUAUGAUAUUUUAAAAACUACUGUGGUUUUGGUAUCAAUGUUUGCUACAUCAGAUCAUGGGAUUGUUGUACAGGAUAUAAAGCCAAUUAAGGAUGAAAAUUGUAGAGUUUUAGGUGUUCAUUCUCCACACAUCAUUAUUUUAAAUUCUGAAAAAACAAUAAAAAGAACUAGUAAAGUAACAAAAUUGCUUAUGAGGGAUUUUGAAGAAUUAGGUAUAUGCGAUUCUGUUACGAAAAAAGCUGUUUUAGAUUUCAGCUUUCAUAUCAGUGUUGCUAAUAUGGAAGAAGCUUUUAAGUCGAUUAAAUCUAUUAAAAAUGAAGGUAUCUGGAAAAGCUUGGCGAGGAUGUGUGUGAAAACAAAGCAAUUAAACAUGGCUCUUUUAUGUUUGGGUCAUAUGAAACAAGCGCGAGCAGCAAGAGCUCUUAGAGAAGCUAUUCAUGAUAACAGUUUAAACCUGGAAGCCAAAGUAGGAAUAUUAGCAGUUGAAUUAGGAUUAUAUAAUGACGCUGAACGUCUUUUCCGUGAAGCAAAACGAUUAGAUUUAUUGGGCAAGCUUUUUGAAGCACGUAAUAAGUUUAAAGAAGCUAUAGAAUUAGCAAAAAAUGAGAAUAAAAUUUGUGAAAAAACAAGCUAUUACAGUUAUGCUAAAGCUCUUGAACAAGAAGGUAAAAUAGCAGAAGCUAUAGAAAUGUAUACCAAGGCAGAUUGUCAUCGAUUUGAAGUGCCAAGAAUGUUAUUCAUGAGACCUAGAGAACUUUUGGCAUAUCUUAAUAAUUCCGACGAUCCAGAAAUUAAAAAUUGGCAUGCACAAUAUAUAGAAUCAACUGGCGACAUGGAAGGGGCAUUGAAAUUGUACGAACAAGCUAAAAAUACUCUUGCAAUGACCAGAUUGCUUUGUUAUUUUGAUAGAGAAAAUGAAGUUAGUGAAUUAGUAUCACGAACAAAUCAUGCUGCAUCUGCAUAUCAUUUAGCGGCACAUUACGAGUCAAAAAAUAAUAUAUCUCAAGCUAUUCAUUUUUAUACUAUUGCCAAGGCUUAUACAAAUGCAAUUCGAUUAUGCAAAGAACAUGAUAUGUUCGAGGAAUUAUGGCCUUUAGCUGUAUUAGCUUCAAGACAAUCACAGAUAGAUGUUGCGAAAUAUUAUGAAGAAAAUGAUCAAUCAGAUAAAGCGGUUUUGUUGUAUCAUAAAGCUGGUUUAUUACAUAAAGCACUAGAUAUUGCCUUUAAAACGAAACAAUAUAGUGCUUUACAAUUAAUUAUUAUGGAUGUUAAUGCGGAUUCUGAUCCUGCUUUGAUAAUAAAAUGUGCUGAUUAUUUCGUUCAAAAUGAUCAGAUUGAAAAAGCAGUAGAUCUACUUGCAACUGGAAGAAAAUAUUUGGAAGCUUUGGAAUUAAUACAGAAAUACAAUAUUCUGCUAAGCGAAGAUUUAGCUGAAAAAAUGACUUUGGAUAAAGUUGAUAAUGACGUAGAUCAUGAAAAAAUGCGAAUAUCUAUAUUAGAAAGAAUAGGUGAAAUAGCGUUCGAACAAGGAAAUUAUCAUUUGGCAACAAAAAAAUUUACUCAAGCUGGUAACAAAUUGAGAGCUAUGAAAGCCUUACUAAAAUCUGGUGAUACCGAAAAGAUUUGUUUCUUCGCUCAAGUUUCUAGACAAAGAGAGAUCUAUAUCAUGGCUGGGAAUUAUUUGCAAUCAUUAGAUUGGCAAAAUCAACCAGAAGUACUAAAAAAUAUUAUUAAUUUUUAUUCUAAGGGGAAAGCAAUGGAUUUACUGGCCAAUUUUUACGUUGCUUGUGCACAAGUAGAAAUUGACGAGUUUCAAAAUUAUGAAAAAGCUCUCGAUGCUCUGAAUCAAGCAAAUAGAUGUUUGGCAAAAGUAGUAACUCCAAGAGAUCUCGAUAUUCAUAAAAGAGCGAUAGAUUUAGUGAACAAUAGGAUAGCAGUGGUUAGACGUUAUUUAGAUAUUAAAAAGUUGUUUGAUAGAGGCGAAACUGCUGCGGCAAUGCAACAAGUGCAUCAAUUACUCGAUUCUCAAGGACCAGAUUUGGAACAAUCAGUUCGUCGUGGCGAUUUAUUUGCGACUAUUACUCAACAUUAUAUUAAUAUUGGCGAUACAGAUAAAGCACGUGCUAGUAUAGAAGAAUUAAAGCGUUUAAUACCUGGCAUAAAUUUGGCUUAUUAUUUCAAUGUCGAUGUAUUAGAAGCACUUGGUUAUAAAAUGAAAAUUCAACGGGAAGAAAAUUCUGAUAAAGAAGACGAUAUCGAGGAACUUUUAGGAGAAUAGCUAUGUAAAGUA